AUGACUGCUGAUAAUGAAAUUCAAAAUAUUCAUUGGACAUUGGAGAAAAUUCAUAAAGCUUUGCGGAUUAUUGAUAACGAAUUCGAAUUAGUAAUACCGAAAAUAGAUCAUAUUACGGGUGACCUGAAACAAAUUUUAGCUCAUGUAACAAAUCAAAUAAAUGGCAUUCGUAAUGGUACAGUCUUUGUUACUUCAUACUUUCCCACUUAUCGUAUUUAUCUGUUGGCAUUUGUCAUCACUGAAAUUAUUGCUGGUAUUCUCGCGAUUGCUCUAAUUUACUAUCUGAUUCUUCUGAUCAAAGAAUUCUGCCUUAGAAAAUGUCUGCCAGAAAUUACUGGAAUAAACCGAAAAUUAUGCCAAAACAAUACAAACGAUAAAAAAAAUAAAACUGAAACGCUUCAGCUUAAACAUACGUUAUCGUCUACACUUUCUUCAUCUACUUUUCGACACCAAAAGAUUAACAAAGAUUGGUGGAUUGAUAUGUAUGAUUUGGAUGACAAAACUCAACUUCACAAAGGUCACGUUUAA